AUGUUAGGGUUUCGAUUUGGAGACCAAAUCUGGGAUGACGAUGACUGCAGGGUGGUUGUGAAUCCGAAGCUUGAAGAUGGGAAGGAACGAAAACCCAACUCAUCUCCAACCCCAAAUCGCAUAUCCCAGAACAGAUUGGAGGAGGGUCAUGUCGAGUGCAUGAGUUGGGGAUUUGAGGAUUGGACUGUGUCGGGGAGGGGAGAGAGAUUUGGGGAUGGGUGGUGGUUAGGGUGGCUUGGGGAGAGAGAUUUUUCUUGUUUUUUUUUAAAUAAAUAA